ACGGUAAAAUAAUGCAAUAUUCUCUAUUCCGUAUCAGGGAAAACUGACCUUCGUGAGGUGAAUGAGACCAUGUGGGUGGGAAAAUAAUCGUAGCAACACGCCACAGUACAGUAGCAACACGCCAAAGUGCAGUUGCAAACAAUCAACUCACCACGUAGCCCAUCGCAGGUUGUCUACAACAUAGACGUCACCUUAAAUGUGACAAGAACGUCUGUCGGCUCGUUUGACGAUGUAAACCUUUGUGGUGUGACAGAGAGAGAGAGAGAGAGGGGGAGAGGGGGGGGGGGGGAUAGGUUGAGUGCUAGUAGCGGUAUAAGUAUUUGCUCAUAGGAAAUGUUGGGUUUUGUAAGACAGAUUCCUGCACGCUUAGUGGUCGUGAUGCCCUGCGGGACCGAGAGAGCUUUGCAGGGGGUCACAGCACGCUCUUUCGUUAAGUCUUCCAGCAAGUAAAGAUUCUGGCUGGCGGUUGGGACAAGUUAGGAUGCUGCUUAUGGACAGCUCCUUUGUAAGUAGCCUAGGUGUCACCAUAGCCCUCUGCACCCUCACCCUCCUCCUGAUGGCCCUGCGAGGCUCUCAGAGGGCUGGAUGCAUCCAGUCUGGGGCUACCCUACCCCCGGGACCCAGACCCUGGCCCCUGGUGGGGAACCUGUUCCAGAUGGGGGAGCAGAUCCACCUCUCCCUGACCGGCUUGCGUGCACAGUACGGGGACGUGUUCCGCCUGCGGAUGGGCUCCCUGGUGGUGGUGGUCCUGAGUGGCUACUCCACCAUCCGUCAGGCCCUGGUGCGGCAAGGAGACGCUUUCGCCGGCCGUCCGGACCUCUUCACCUUCUCCGCCGUGGCCAACGGCACCAGCAUGACCUUCAGCGAGAAGUACGGCGAGGCUUGGAUCCUCCACAAGAAGAUCUGCAAGAACGCCCUGCGCAACUUCUCCCAGGCCGAGGCUCGGGACUCCAGUGCCAGCUGCCUGCUGGAGGAGCGGAUCUGCGCGGAGGCCGCCGGGCUGGUGGAGGCGCUGCUGCAGGAGAGCCAGGUUAAGGGAGGUGGCAGCCUGGACCCCGCCGUGCCUCUGGUCACUUCGGUUGCUAACGUGGUGUGUGCCCUGUGCUUUGGGAAGAGGUACGACUACAACGACAAGGAGUUUCUCACCAUCGUCCACAUUAACAACGAGGUGCUGCGCAUCUUCGCCGCGGGCAACCUGGCGGAUUUCUUCCCCAUCUUCCGCUACCUGCCCAGCCCCUCUCUGAGGAAGAUGGUCCAGCACAUUCACAGGAUGAACAGCUUCAUGGAGGAGAACAUCGAAGAACACCUGAGAACCUUUGACAAGAACUGCAUUCGUGACAUCACGGACGCCCUGAUUGCCUUCUGUGAGGACAGACAAGAGGACAGGGAGGGACAGGUGCUCACCGACUCCCAGAUAGUGCACACCGUCAUCGACAUCUUUGGGGCUGGGUUUGACACCAUCAUAGCCGGCUUGCAGUGGAGCCUCCUGUAUCUUGUCAAAUUCCCUGACAUCCAGGAGGAAAUAUAUCAAGAGAUUGAUGGUCAAGUUGGUUCCAACAGAUUGCCCAGGUUUGAGGAUAAGCCAAAAAUGACUUACACCGAGGCAUUCAUUUUUGAGGUCUUCCGCCAUGCAUCCUAUGUACCCUUUACCAUACCCCAUUGCACCACUGAAAAUAUAAUUCUUAAUGGAUACUUUAUCCCCAAAGACACCUGUGUGUUUAUCAAUCAGUAUCAAGUCAAUCAUGACAGUGAAAUCUGGGGUGAUCCAGACACCUUCCGGCCAGAGCGGUUCCUCAAUCAGAACAGGCAGCUGAACAAGGACCUCACGGAGAAGGUGAUGAUCUUUGGGAUGGGAAAGCGCCGUUGCCUGGGCGAUGGAUUUGCCCGCUUGGAGAUGUUUGUGUUCUUGACGACGCUGCUCCAGCGCCUGCAUAUAGAGAGUGUUCCUGGCCAGACGCUGGACCUCAACGCAGAUUUUGGCUUGACCAUGAAGCCCAAACCUUACCAGAUCAGGGUGACUACUCGCUAGAUUUGGAGCUAGACAGAGGCAUAACUGAACUGUUGGGUUUGUCAUAGACUCUCUGCUUACUCCACGUGUCAAAGGAUCACUGGGUUGGCUUGGAAACUUCUGUUAGACCUCAUCUUUAGGUUGCCACAUAUCAGAGGCUGCCCACUAAAUCAGUAGUCUGAGAGCUGGAAGCUGCUUGUUCUUCAUUGCUAUCACUUUCUCUCUGUAGUUGCGUCUAUUUGUGCUUUACGUUCCCUGAUUUAUGAAUGUUACUGUCCCAUUGCUAUUGGGAGAGACUAUUACAUGCACUGAAUAGUUUGUCAUUUAUUUCGUUUGAAAUAACAGGGCUGAAACAGCAUGCAUCGUGAAAAGACUUGAAUAAAUUAGCUGAUAAUUUUUCUAAAUUAGUUAAUUGCGAUUUUGAGGCUGAGGCAUAUUUAAUUUGGGGG